AUGGAGAGGAACCAGUCGAUGGGGCACGCGGGGAGAGCCAGCGGGGAGAAGGCGAUCGCGAGGGAGCUCGUGCUCAAGGUGUCGAUGCACUGCCGGUGCGAUGGGUGCACGCCCAAGGUGAGCUCCGCCCUGAACAACCUCGCGCUGGCACCGGGCGUGGUGGCGGUGCUGGAACGGUCGGCGACGGAGGACACCGAGGAGGUGCGGCUGCUGGCCACGGCGGACCCCGAGCGCCUCCGCAAGAGCCUCCACGAGGCCACCGGCAAGAAGGAGGUCGACCUCGUCUUCAUCCCGCCCAAGCCCAACAAGCAGGAGCGAUCCGGCCGCUGGAGCGGCGGCAAGGAGGACCCUCGGCUCGUAGACACUGCUGCGGUCCAGGGGCUGCUCGCCGACCCGCAGCUCCACGACCAGGCGCCGCCGCCCGGCUAUCCUCGGUACGGGAGCACCUACGUCGAGGGGUACCCUCCUCCGGUGCCGCCCUACUACCCGGGCCCGCCGCCCCCUGCUGCGUGGGUGCCGUACGGGCACCCUUUUCCGGCGGCGGCGGCUCCACCCGGCCCCUACGUGCCCAGCGCGCCGUGGUGGACCGGCGGCCCCAGCAACUGA